UCCGGAUAAUGCAAUGCCCCAUACAUUUGACAAGAUGUGGCCCACUUCAAGGCAGUCAUUUUAUCCGGACAAUACUGCGCGUCACCAUGCAUCACGAGCGCACUUUUCAUUUCGCCAUGUCCAAGCCAUUGUCGGACGCGACCAAGAAGAACUUCGCGGCGUUCUGCUUUUGCUUCGCGCUGCUCAUGGGCACGGGCUCCACGCUCUCCAGCAAGAUCCUGUACGGGCUCGAGAGCGAAGGACGAGACGGGACUGUCAAGUACUUCCAGAAACCGUUGAUGCAAACGUUCAUGAUGUUUCUCGCCAUGGGCAUUGGUAUCGUCACAUGAUACAACCUCAUGCAUGUGCAGCAUCUCACGACGAUGGACAUGUGUAGCCAUUCCAGUGCAAUUCUUGUACGUGCGGCUGUCGGGCAAACACGACUUGAUGCCCAAGUUUGACCGCGAAAGCAUCAUGAUGCUUGCGUUUCCUGCGUGCGCAGACUUGGGAGCAACUGCUCUCAUGAGCGUAGGGCUUCUCUACGUCCCUGUCAGUACUUUCCAACUCGUGCGAUGCACCAUCAUUGUGUUUGUGGCGGCGUUGAAGAUGCUGUUUUUGAAAUUCCAGCCCACGGCAUACAUGAAGUGUGGGAUCGCGCUCAAUGCAACGGCAAUCCUCAUGGUGAGUGCGUCGUGCUUUGGCGAAGAACACGAAUCAGCGUCAGCACUCGUCGGCGUCAGUGUCCUGCUCCUUGGCUGCCUUGUCACGAGCAGUCAGUACGUCCUGGAAGAGACCGUGAUGCGAAAGAAAGACGGAACGCCGCCCAUGAUGGUCAUUGGACUGGAAGGACUCUGGGGGACGUUUCUCAUGCUCACGGUGGUGUUUCCCAUUGCGUACUUGGUGCCGGGCGCCGACAACGGCAGUGCCGAAGACUUUUUCGACUCGUGCCUGAUGAUCUACCACAGCUCGACAGUGCGCAACAUGUGCACCUUCUACAUCCUCUGCGUGACCUCGUUCAACAUUGCGUCCAUCUUCGUCACGUUCCUCCUCGACUCGGUGUGGCGCUCCAUCCUGGCCAACUUCCGGCCGGUGUCGGUCUGGUCUAUGGACCUUGCGCUCUUCUACUUCUUUACGAGCGGAUCGCUUGGAGAAGCAUGGACGAACUGGAGUUGGUUGCAGUUGGCAGGCAUGCUCCUUCUCUUCUUUGGAACAGCCGUGUACAAUGGAACAGUGCAGCUGCGGUGGUUUGACUACGACGGCGACGGCACCACGAACAUGCAAGGAGUGGCGAAUGCUUCCACGCCUCUCUCUGUGGAGCUGACCAAGAGCCCGCUUUACGGUACGGCCGCCAUCGCCGCCACCCGAGCCGCCGAGGAGUCGAAAGCCCUCCAGUCCUUGUAAACAAACAGUUGAAUUAAAUACAAUUGCAAAAAUAGACUUGUUUUCAGUAUGCACAA